AUGAUCGUGAAGAUUAUUUGCACAUUAUUAAUCACAUUCUGUACAAUAAAUGGUGACAUAAGUGAUCGGCCGAUAACAAUCCGUCUAUCACCGCAAAAUCGGAAACCAAAUUUUAUGAAAGAAAUGAUACCACCACGUCCAAUAAUUCAUUCUUCACCAUUAUCGCCACUUUCUAUUCCAAAAAAUUAUUCUCAACAAUUAUUUAAUGUAGCAAAUCGUAUUAUUUCAACACCUGCUCCUGCUCAGCUUCCCAUCAUAUUACCGGCAAUUGCUGAAGAUUUCGUACCACGUCCUAUAACAACACCGCCACCUCCACCUCCAUUAAAUAUCCCACCAGAUGUGCAAAAUCAGCUUAUAAAAUUUUUCGGUCUUGACAGUUUUGGCAUUCCUGGACUUACAGGCAAUCAUCCUGAUGGUUUCGCUGGUGCUAUUCAGGAGCUGAGAGCUGCAGGAAUUCCUAUUCAAGGCUUACCACUCGAGCAUAUUUCUGGAAGUUCGCUACCACCAGCACCGCAGAGCGAUGUAUUAUCACAAGCAAAUCCAGCAUUUGGUAAUCAGUUAAAUCAGUUAUAUAACGAGGCAACAGGUCCAACAAAUUAUCGUGGUGCAGGCAACGUGCCAUUGCCCGAAGCAACUCCUGGAGAAAAUGGUCUUAUCGGAUUGUUAUCUAAUUCAAUACGGAAAUUAGUGCAAGACAUUAGUCAUAUUAAAUUAUCCAAUGCAGCUGGUGUUGCUGACGCGCUCUCACAAGGUAUUCCUAACGUAUUAGGAACAGGAACUUCUGGGAAUACUGCGAUUGCUCACUCAACAGAUGCUGAAGCUAUUGCUGCUGAAACAGCUGCGUCUAGUUCUGAAAUUCGACGACAGCAAAGUGCUGUACAACGAGUACUUUCUGGAGUAGCUGCAGCGCUUGGUGCAGGUGGUGGACGUGGGCCAGCUCACGCAGGAUUACCACGAAUUCCCGGUUUUCCGUUAUUACCAGGUGGUAUACCUCGCAAUGAACAAGGGCAAAUAGAUGUUGUUCAACUCAUUGGUUCCAUAACUCGUCGUGUCUCGAAUGGCACUACGCUGGCUGAUGUAAUACCGCCAGAACAAUUGCAAACUUUGGCUGAUAACGUUACUGAUGCGUUAUUGCCUCCAACACCUGAAGAUUUUGAUUUGCAUAAAUUUAUGGGAAGAUGGUUUGAAGGUAUCAACAGUCCGCGCGCUACCGAACAACGUUGCGUUGUGCACCAUUAUGGUGGUCUAACAAAGAAUGACAAAACAGCAACUUUCACUGCACUGAAAAUCUAUCGUGAAGGAAGUGAAUUCGGUGUAGUUCGUUACUCAAUUGGCUAUGCAUUCCGUGGGGGCAAUAAAGAUGCCAUGUUGCAGUUACACAGCUCCGAAACUCCUGAUGCACAACCAUUUUGGAUUUAUAAACUUGGUCCUGAAGGAACGGAUCCAUUUGGUAAUCCACAAUAUGAGUGGGCAGUUAUUUCAAAUUGGGUCAAAUAUCCUGUAACCGUAUUAGUCCGAGAUCCUGAUAAAUUUAAAACAAAACAUGAGCAAGAAGUCUUGCGAUGGCUUGAAGAUCAAGGUUUCAUCAAUGGUUUUGUACGAGCUUUCAACAUGUUACAGCCUGUUAAUUACAGUUCAUGUCAGUAUGCUGACAGCACCUUUGAAGUUUUUGGCCCCAGUAAACGUUUGACUUGA